GAGCAGAGCAUCGCCUGGACCCGCCCCUGGCCAACACUCGGAUGUCCUCACGGUCGGAUGCGUUGGCGCGAGCCAGCGAGCGGUCUAAUCGAGCUAUCGAAGCGCGCCAUCGACGUAUCACGCGCGCCGGUGUUCGACGACCUCUAGUGCACGUGGGCGGCCAUGGAGAACACCUUGCGGAGGUCACGGUGCCCCUCCGCCGCGGCGCAUGAAUCUUUUGUCUUUCACGUGUUAAAUUUGCGAUUUUACUUGGGUGGGCCGCGAGCAGUACGACGAAGUACUGCCUGCCAUUGUGCUUGAGAGCUACAUGCUUGAGAGCCGAAACUUCUGCCAAAAUUUCGUGUCGCGAACAUCUGCGAGCUGUUUUCUUUUGAAAUUUUAAUUUGGACAGGCGACUGACGUGUCGGUCGGUGGGCAUUGACGUCUCUAAGCGCACACGCGCCCCGCCCACCGCCCCGCCCCGCCACCGACGUCGCGGUGGGCCCCGGUGGGCCCCAGGCCGUCACGGCUGGGGACUUGGCAGCGCUACCGCCGCCACCGCCGGCUGGCCGUCCUGGGGGAGGAGGGGGUUAGCGCGCCGCGCCGCGCCAGGCUGGGUUGCCGCCAGCCGCCACGGGCUCGAGCGAGCUAGUGAGUCUAGCCGGGCCGCACAGAGCUGAGCUGAGCCGAGCUAAGCCGCGCCGACACCUGGCCAGUGCGCCAGCGCUCUUCACUCGCGUCGCGCCCGCCCCGCCGCGCCGUUCUACCCCUAUGUGCUGCCCCCGCGACCGCCCGUGAGCAUGCCCGAGCUACGCGCGCACGACGCCGCCCCCGCGCCGCCCUCGCCGCCCCCCAAGCCACAGCCCCUGAUGACGCCUCCGGUUGCAGACGUGAUGGCGGGCGAAAACCUGCCUGGGAUUUUGGAGAGCCAGCUGGAGAAGAAGCUGAUCAUGGACGAGGAGGCCCAGCAGCGGGUGGACGCGCCGGCGCUGCUGCCCGCCGAGCACCACGAGCAGGUGUUGUCCGAGGCGCAGAAGGCCCCGGACAUGCCCGACCAGCCGUCGGUUAGUAAGGAGCCCGAAUUCCAGCCCAUUCCGGAGGACUCCACCAUCACAGAGUUCGAGCCGGUGAUUAAGGCGCCCGACUUGCCGGACGUUCCUGAAGAUGCUCCGCUGGAGCUGCCAGACACGACGGACUUCCCGGUCUCGGACACCCCGAGGACGCUGUCGCGCUACCACUCGAGGGACUCGCUGUACGACGACCUCAUGCCCGACUCUGUGAGCCAGGCCGCCUCCCGUCGAGGCUCCCUCACCAUCAACCCGGAGGCCCUGGCCGAGGCCCUGGAGAACGCCCCGUCCCCGCGCCCCCGCCGCCUGUCGGACGGGUCCGGGGCGGGCGCGCCGUCCGGGAUGCUCUCCAGACAGCUGUCGGACUGCUCGUCCGUGUUCGCCCACAUGCACCACCAGGAUCACGAGGCGGGCACCGAGACGAGCCCAGAGGGCCUGGUGACCCGCAGCGGCACCGCCACCCCCAAGACGCGCAAGAUGUCUGUCUACAAUGCCUCCUCCAGCGCGGCGGCGCGCUCACGCCGCGCCUCCGAGUCGGCCGCGCACCCGCGACAGCCCCGCAUCCGGCGCUUGUCCGUCAACGUCGCCUCCCUCGGCAACCCCAGGAUCGGGCAGCGCAUGCGCCGGCACUCGGUCAACGAGAUGAACGAGCUGUGCCAGGAGUCGCUCGCCAUGCUCAAGGCCUCCAAAAUCCCAGUGCUCAAGUUCACGAAGCAGGCGGGCAGGCCCGUGUCCAGGUGCUGCCGCCACCCGAGCCGCGAGGAGAUGUGGCCGGGCGAGGCCUCCCUGGCCGCCCUGGGGCUGCCGCCCGGGGCCGUGUCCGUGUGCAAGUGUUGCGGGUCGCGCCGCUUCUCGGCCGCCGCGUUCGGCGUGGACGGCCCCCCAAUCCACCUGUCCUCAACCACGCCCCCCACCUGCCUGGUCUGCAGUGCCGUCGUCUGCCAGGGCGACCUGCUGCGCGUCGUCCAGCUCGCCGGCGUCUUUCCGGACUCCAAGACGUUUGUCGACAAGAAGGUGAAGCAGUCCCCCGAGGAGACGAUCCGCCGCUUUCAGGAGCUGCUGCAGAAGACCGGUGGCACACCCUCCCGAGACCAGGUGGUGGCGUUCGUCGACCAGUCCUUUGAGGAUGGCGACGAGCUCGAGGAGUGGUCGCCGCCCGACUGGACCGAGUCGCCGUCGCUGCUGGGCCGCGUGGCCGACGAGGAGUUCCGCGCCUGGGCCCUGGAGCUGAACCGCCUGUGGAAGGUGCUGGGCCGGCGCAUGAAGGAGGACGUGCGCGACAACCCCCAGCUGUACUCGCUGCUGUACGUGCCCAACGGCUUCGUCAUCCCCGGCGGCCGCUUCCGCGAGAUCUACUACUGGGACACGUACUGGAUCGUGCAGGGCAUGCUGCUCUGCGACAUGCGCUCCAGUGUCCGGGGUGUCAUCGAGAACCUGCUGUGUCUGGUGAAGCGGCUGGGCUUCGUCCCCAACGGCAGCCGCGUCUACUACAACGAGCGGUCGCAGCCGCCGCUGCUGGUGCCCAUGGUCAAGGCCUACUUGCAGCACUCUGGCGACCUGGACUUCGUCCGGGAGAACAUUGACGUGAUCGAGCGCGAGUUCCAGUUCUGGCUCAACAACGCCACCGUGGAGGUCACGCACAAGGGCAAGACGUACAAGCUGGCCCGAUACUUCUCUCCGUCUGAUGGGCCCAGGCCAGAGUCCUACAGGGAGGACGUGCUCACGGCCAACCACCUGUCGACGGAGGAGGAGAAGCAGCACCUGUACUGGGACCUCAAGUCGGCCGCGGCCUCGGGCUGGGACUUCUCGAGCCGCUGGGUCAUCCACGACGGCACCAACGGCGGCACGCUCGGCGACCUGCACACGCGCUACAUCGUGCCCGUGGACCUCAACUCGUUCAUGUACGGCAACGCGGUCGGCCUGUCGGAGCUGUACCGCCGGCUGGGCCAGGAGGACCGCGCGGCCGAGUACCGCGCCGUGGCCGACAACUUCCGGGAGGCCGUGACGGCCGUGCUGUGGCACCCGGACCUGGGCACCUGGCUCGACUACGACCUGCUCAACGGCACGCCCCGCCGCUACUUCUACGUCUCCAACCUGACGCCGCUGUGGACGCGCUGCUACGACGAGCUGCAGGCGCCCGAGAUCGCCAAGGCGACCGUGCGCUACCUGUUCAACACGGGCGUGCUCAAGUACCAGGGCGGCACCCCGACCUCCCUCAUCAUGACGGGCGAGCAGUGGGACUUCCCCAACUGCUGGUCGCCGCUCCAGGGCAUGCUGGUGCAGGGCCUGCACUACACGGGCGACCCCGGCGCGCAGCGGCUGGCGCUCGAGCUGGCCCGCCGCUGGCUGGCCGCCAACUACAAGGGCUUCCAGGAGCACAAGCAGAUGUUCGAGAAGUACGAGUCGGAGGUGGUGGGCCGCUGCGGCGGUGGAGGCGAGUACGCCCCUCAGGCCGGCUUCGGCUGGACCAACGGCGUGUGCUUCGAGCUGCUGGACUUGUACGGGCUCGUCGCGUCGUCCAAGGAUGACCCAGAGCUGCUGACGUACGAGAUCCUGGUGGAGGCCGAGGAGAAGGCGCUGGACCUGAACAAGAACGGCGUGCUCUCGCCGGCGUCCGACAGCGAGUCGGACAUUAACGGGUUCACGGGCGACGACAUCGGCCCCGACUCGGACUCGGAGACGGAGAACAAAGUGGAAGAGUGAGGCGAUCCUGGUGGCGCCCAGCCCGCCCCGGCUGUCCGUGCCCGCUCUGCCGAUGGAGGGAAGGACCGCUCCUGUUCGGCAUCCUCGCCUCGCCGCGUGCAGCUGCAACAUCUUUCUCUUUUCCGCGGACUUUUUACUUUUUAUUUCGUCUGCUGGAUUUUAAUUUACGUUCUAUAAGUUGUGCGGUUGAACGACAUGAAGUCUGUCGCUGACGCGGACGCGGGGGACAUUCCAUACCUGGGAGGGAGCUCCGUCUACAUGUGUGUGUGUGUCUGAACUGAGAGCUUUAGAGUUGAUGUUUGGAUGGACUGCGUAUGUGUGUGUGCGCGUAUAUGAGGUGUGCGCCGGCUUGGUGUUCACGAGCCACCUCCCCUUUCCUCGUCGGGAUUACUUCUCUCAGGAUGUUACAUGGUGCUGUGAUUUGGGAUACUUUGUGAUGUUUUUGUACUCACGUUGCUCAAGUAGCUCCCCCACUUCUCGAGUCGGUCGCCUGCGUGGCAUUGAAUGUGAUAUUUAGCUCAUAGGCAGGAUUAAACCCCAGACUUCAGUUUGUUCAAUCACUCCCGUGUUUGUUCAAUCAUGCUUCUGCGCGGUUAUUUUUAAAAUAAUUCUACACAUUUUACCUGACAUUUAUUUAUUUGCUAAGAUUGUGGAGAUUUACCUGUAAAAUUGUUUCUAAGGCAGAGGUACUUCUGUCACCUAUGCCAUUUUCUGGCUGCAUUUUUUGGUGCAAUCAGGAUUCCUAAAUUAAGAGAUGUACUGAGUUUGCAAUUAAUUGUAAAGGCUGAGUUGAGAAAGCUUAUCCUUUUGAGUUCCUUUUAAAUUGUCCACCAUGAUAUAGAUAUAUUUGUGACAGUGGCUCUUAAUUUCAUAUUUGAUAUAGAUGUACAAAUUUAGUCAUUGUUAAUGCUGUAUGACCGUGCAUGACAUGCUUACUAGAUCACGUAAAGUCAACUUAAUAAUUUAUUAAUUUGUUAUUUAUUCAAUGACUUAGUGAGGGCAUUAAUUUAGAAACAAUUACUUCAGCAUUUCAUUAAGAGCACUAUUGUUAAAAAGAAUUCUUUAAGAAAUUUUCUGAUGUGUAUUAGUUGUUGCUUUUUUUUUCUUUUUUUUAGUAGCUUAGCCAACUUAAUUGCCUCUGAUAGUGCCCUUGAGUUUCAUGUCCUGUAGAUAGUCAAUUUCUCAGUAUUGUAACUUAUUAACUGCUGUAUUAUGCAGUAGGAAUCUAAAGAAGAAAAGAAGUUAAGGAGUACUGAGUACUUUCCUUGCUUUGAUCCUGUAGAUCAUUUUUUCUUUGGUCUUAAAGGCACUCAUGGCGAGAAAUUUACCUCAUAUUUACCAUUUCCUGUGAAUUUAGUAUUACAUUUUAGUUAAAUGUCUUCGUUUUAACUUUAAUUUAUGCACAGUCGCUAUAUUUUGUUCGCGGCAUCACGCUCCCCGUGUUUGAAGGCACUAACAUGUCUGUCAAUGUCUAUUUUAAAAGCACUGUGAUAUUUUGACAUUAAAUUAACCUGGGCUGGAACAAAAAUAAGGCUUUUAGUUAAAAAUAUUUUGUGUCGUAUGCGAUGAACACAAGCAACCAUGGUAUAUGAUGAUUAACCUGUGUAACUAUGGUUCAAACCCACCCAGCCUCUUUUAGAUAAAUCUUUUUUGAAGAUAUAGGGGGCCUGUGAUGUAAGCGGACCAGUACAGCGACAGGGUUGGGACUCUUGCUUUUGCCUUUCAAUUACAUGUGAUCUGUACUGUGUAUAUGAAAAAUAAAUUAAUAUUUUGUCGAAA